AAAAUCGUAUUUAAUUUCAUGAAAAACUCGAAGAACCUGGUGAAACCGCAGAACUUCCUCCCACGGACACACCACCGAGCAAGAGCUCCCGGAAAGACUAUGUUAUCACAAAAUAUAUUAGUACGAACGGGAAAUAUACUUUCCUUAAAUGAGGCAAAAACAAAAGCAAGUCAAAAUCCUACAGACGAGCUAAUUGAAACACUAAAAAUUGUACUUCGUGACAAUGAGGGGACAGAUGAAAAUCCAGUAAUUAUUCAAGGUAUAGAAGAUAAUGCAUUGAAAGAUAUUAAUAGAGAAGAUGUUAAGAUAACUGUUAAAGUAUUUAUUUCAUCAGCUGAUGUUAAUUUAUUAAAGGAAGCUAUAGAUCAAGUCUGUGAUUCUUUAAAUAUAAAUGCAAUUGAAUCUUUAGUAAUUGCUUAUUCAAGUAAGGAAAGUUCAGAAGAGUUAUUAGCAUCAUUGAAACAUUUAUGGACUGGAGUAGAAGAAUAUGUGAAAAUUGGCAAAUUAUCAAGUGUUGGUUUAAGUGAUGUUGACACAAAUGUAUUUAUUGACCUACUUCAAUGGGCAAAUAUAAAACCAAAUAUUGUACAAAUUAGUUUAGCUACAUGUUGUGUUGUACCACCAGUUUUGCAGACAUUUGCUAAAGAAAAUGAUGUACAAUUAUUAACACAUAAUGAUCCUGGACAAAUUCUACAUCAAGAAGACCUAAAUGGAAUAUUUAAUGCUCAUACAAGUUUAUAUUGGAUUACAAGAUAUCAAAUUCAUUUAAAAUGUCGUGGUAUCUUAUCCUCAAAGGGUUAUCUAGUGUAUGUUAAUAAAAAAAUAACAUAA